AAAUCUACAGAGUCAGAGACUUUGAAUUUUUUUAAUUAUUCACCUCCCACGUUUAUACGGAGAUUUACCCAGCUCCCUCGUCGAUGCCUCCACCAAUUUACCAUCUUUCUCCGGAACAAGAAAUCUCCGUCAUGGUUUCCUCCCUCAAGAACGUCAUCAAUGGUUCCUCGUCCUCCACUGCUGCUGCUGCCGCCGCCGAUUCUUUUUUCAAUUUUGAUGCUCCCGGGUCUUCCACUUCUACUUUUACCGGUGUGUUGAACGCCGAUCGGGGGAACAUGGUACUUCAAGUGAGUGAAGCUCUGGAUAAGUGCCACGUGUGCAAAUUUUACGGCUGUCUAGGAUGCGAUCUUUUCCCGCCAAAUCAGCAAGACGAGAAGAAAGGGACAGUUACGUCCACAACUAAAAGUAAAGCUAAACGAGUGAAGAAAAACUACAGGGGAGUCCGGCAAAGGCCAUGGGGCAAAUGGGCGGCGGAGAUUCGAGACCCAAGGCGCGCCACCAGGGUCUGGCUCGGGACCUUCCACACGGCGGAGGAAGCAGCUCGCGCUUACGAUAAAGCAGCUAUCGAUUUCCGCGGACCAAGAGCUAAACUUAACUUCCCCUUCCCUGAUAGCAACGGCAAUGCACCGCCACCAGCAUCACCAACCGGAACAGAAUUUGGCGGGAACAAGUAUUCUUCAGAUUCCGCCACUACCUGGAAUGCCAAUACUUCUUAAAUAGCGUCUUUUUAU